AUGUUUAUUGCUCGGUCAGAAUAUGAUCGGGGUAUCAACACCUUCUCCCCAGAAGGACGUCUUUUCCAAGUCGAAUACUCCCUAGAAGCAAUCAAGCUAGGCUCAACCGCAAUUGGAGUUGCAACAGGUGGUGGUGUAGUUCUCGGUGUAGAAAAGCGAGUAACAUCAACCCUUCUCGAAACAUCUUCUGUAGAGAAGAUUGUCGAAAUAGACCGCCACAUCGGAUGCGCCAUGUCCGGACUCCAAGCCGAUGCACGAUCGAUGGUUGAACACGCACGAGUCGAAUCCCAGAACCACGCUUUCCAUUUCAAUGAACCUCUAAGAGUCGAGAGUUGUACACAGGCAAUUUGUGACCUAGCGCUACGGUUCGGAGAGGGUGCUGAGGGUGAGGAGAGUAUUAUGAGUCGACCGUUUGGUGUUGCGCUGUUGAUUGCGGGUUAUGAUGAGGAUGGACCACAGCUGUAUCACGCAGAGCCAAGUGGAACUUUCUACAGAUAUGAUGCUAAGGCUAUUGGAUCCGGUUCAGAGGGCGCGCAAGCCGAGUUGCAGAAUGAAUUUCACAAGUCUUUGACCAUCGAAGAAGCGGAGACUCUGGUUCUAAAGACAUUGAAGCAGGUUAUGGAGGAAAAACUUGACUCAAAGAACGUCCAGCUCGCGAGCGUAACCAAGGAGAAGGGGUUCAGGAUUUACACAGAUGCGGAAAUGGCAGCGGUCGUAGAAAGGUUACCAGCGAAUUAG